UAUUAAUUCCUUGUGAAGGUUGUGAAGAAAAUAUUGGAGAUAAAGCAAAUGAAUGUGUUAUAAGACUAGACAAUAAGAAUGAGACAGAAAUAGAAAUACCUGUAGCAUACUCAAAAGCUUUAACCUCAGAAACAAGUAUAAAAAAAUAUAAACAUAGAAUAAGAAUGCCAUUUAAAAACAUUAAAAAAGUACUAGAGAUUAUAGAAUCUGCUAAUAAAGAACCAACUGAGAAUCAAGAUAUACAUUCAAACAUAAAUAAUAUUGAAACAAACCAAAAUAUCAUUAGAAAAUGGUUAAUAACAGAAAAUUCA